AUGUCAGCCUGGAAUGUUCGUUCUCUUUUAGGCAUUCCGAGGAAGAACUGGUCGGAACGGAGGACGACGCUCGCCCGAGAACUGGCCAGCCACAAUCUGGGCAUCGUUGCUUUCAGCGAGACCCGAUUCUCUGAACAGGGUCUACUGAAGGAGGUAGGAGUAGACUACACCUUCUUCGGGACCGACGCUAGCGUCGUCCUUGCCAUUUCAAACGACACCCUGGGACGACUGCCUUGUCUGCCGCAAGGCAUCAACGACCGACGGGGAAAUACAUUCAGCACCACCACUAGCGCCUACGUCCCCCCACCCACCCCAGUGCCCAGCUCAGGGGAAGCGAAGAACAAAUUCUACGAGGAUCUGCACGCCCUCUUGGCCCAAUAUGACGAAGGCGGACAAACUGUUUAA